AAUACACCUUUCACCAGGGAGAGAUCAGGCCAGUGAAGUGGCAUGAUGAUGGGGACCGACGUGUGCUCUUCACGGAUACUGUCUCUGCCUCGGUACGAGAGCGGCGACGAGGAGCUCACGGUGAUUCCCCGGCACACCAAGGUCAUCGUCACUGGUAACAACCGGACAAAGUCCGUGUUGGUUGGCCUAGAGGGUGUUGUCAAGAAGGCUGUUGGUCUUGGAGGCUGGCACUGGCUGGUUCUGAAGAAUGGCAUGGAGGUGAAGUUGCAGAGGAAUGCUCUGACUGUCUUGGAAGCUCCAACUGGUUUCGAAGACGACGAUGAAAUCGAUGGCAACAAUUCAUUCUGCAGCAGCUUCGACAUGGGAGAGAAAGACAUGAACUAUUCAAGCAUAGAGUACCAGAAACCGACAAAGUCACGGGUUCGGCACACAAGGCCAUGGUCUUCCAGUACGACUUCCAGCAGCCGAGGCAACUUCCACUCGAGUUCCAAGCUGCGAGCGAGAGUAAAUCUGACAAAGCUUGGAACGCCCACACUAUGGAGAUACUGGAACCACUUCAAUCUUGUAAACGUGAACGCCAGCCCAUCAGAGGAGCAGCUCUUCCAUGGAGUCCAGCAACAUUUCCAGUCUCAGCAAUUGGAUGAGUUGCAGGUGAUCCUGGGGUUCAUCCAGACGGCGAAGAGGCUCAAGACCCUGUACAACUCCUAGCAAUGCCUCAGAUGCAAGCACCAGUGGUGGGUGUCUGUUGUUAGUAGAGUGGUUCUCAAGAGCUUAGAUGCAUGUGCUUAAGUAAGUUAAUCUUAGUCUUGAGAGAGGUGAACAGAACAGAGAGGGAUUUGUAUCUAGCUGGUGCAUUUGAUCAGUACAAAUUCUCUAAUUUGUCAUCUUAAUCUUACCCCUGUAAUGAGAGAAGUUGAUGGUGUAACCCCUUGUUGUGAACUGACCACCGAUCUCGGUUAUUUGGAGAUAAUAUAAUGUGAAGCUAUGGAUGACUGAAUUAUUGGUCAACAUUACACACA